CUGGGGAGCCAGGUGUGGUGUUCCGCACGCGAGUCUGCACGAGGCGGAAAGAAAUGGAGGACUCCGCUUCAACACCACCCGCAACCCCAGCCUCAACCGCAACCCCAGCCUCAACCGCAACUCCAGCCUCGACCUCAGCAACCCCGGCCGCACUAGGGCAGCUGGAUGAAGAGCAGACCAGAAAGGCAGUGAAAACUCUGUUGGCCCAUUCCAGGUCCAGGAAAAACGCGAAUGGAUUGCUUUUGAAUGAGAAUGAAAAUUUCUUUUUAAUGGUGGUAUUAUGGAAAAUUCCAAGUAAAGAACUGAGGGUCAGAUUGCCCUUGCCUCAUGGUAUUCGAUCAGAUUUAGCAGAUGUCUGUUUAUUUACUAAGGACGAACCCAAUGCAACUCCUGAAAAGACGGAACGUUUUUAUAAGAAGCUUCUAAACAAGCAUGGAAUAAAAACCAUUUCUCAGAUUAUCCCCCUCCGAACUUUAAAAAAGGAGUAUAAAGCCUAUGAAGCCAAGCUCCGCCUCCUGGGUAGUUUCGACUUGUUCCUUUCUGAUGCAAGAAUCCGGCGGCUCUUACCCUCACACCUCGGGAGACAUUUCUAUAAGAGAAAGAAAGUUCCAGUACCUGUCAAUCUGAAAGCCAAGAAUCUUUCCCAAGAAAUCAACUCAUCAAUAGGUGGAACUGUCUUAAACAUCUCUAAAAGUGGUUCUUGCAGCACUAUCCGCAUCGGUCACACUGGAAUGCAGGUUCAGCACAUCAUCGAAAACAUUCUUGCUGUUACGAAAAAGCUUUCACAGAAAUUGCCAGAGAAGUGGGAGAGUGUGAAACUCUUGUACGUGAAAACUGAGAGAUCAGUUUCCCUUCCUAUCUUUUCUUCAUUUGUCAGCAGUUGGGGUGAAGCUAAAGGAGUGAACAUUUCUAGACUGAAGAAAGAAGAAGCAAAGAGAAUAUUAAAACUAAAAGAAAAAACAAGACGAAAGGAGAAGAAAAGAAACAGAAAGCCUAUGAAACGGGGUAGAAAGUCUACAUCAGCCCUACCUACAGAGGAGACGGCCUCUAAAACUUGUGGUUCUCCAGUGAAGGGCCCUGGACCCCAGGAGAAAGAGACCCCUAAGCCUGAGAAGAAAGAGACCUGCAGAAUAAAAAACGAAAAUAAAGUGCAAGUUGAAUCUGAAGAAGAAAUCCCAUUGCUGGUCCCAAUAGGAGAAGCUCCUGCCAAAGAAAAUGUAGAGAUGCAAAAACAUGCCACAGGAGAGAACUCUCCAGUAAAGAGUCCUGGUUCCAACCCACCUCGUGGGAAGAAGAGAAAGGCCUUUCCAGCUUUGGAGAUGCCGAAAGCACCAGAGCCCAAGACCCCAGGUAAAGGCCCAGGGAAGAAGCCAAGAGUCAAAGAAGAAGUGGAGAAGCAAAGAAACUCUCCUUUGGGGAAAAAAGACCCAAGACAGACGCCCAAAAAGCCAGAGGCCAAGUUCUUCACUACAGCUAAUAAAUCUGCAAGAAAAGCUUCCCACACCCCCAAACAGUGGCCCCAAAAACCCAAAGUGCCCCAGCCGACCUAAAUACAGUGACUUGGCCAGGAGGAAACAUCAGAGCUGCCUGGAAAGCUUUUGAAAAAUAGCCGGGUCCUGACCCCUGUCACAGCCUUCUUUCUCCAAUAUUGAGACCUGGACUUAAAACCUCACCAGUGAUUCUGAUGUAUGUUUGUGGGUGUAAGAACCAGUAGUUUGAAUAAUCCAUUUUUUAAAUUGUUCUUUCAUGUAUUAGCUAAUAUAAUAGAAAUUACAGUGCUUUUAUUAAAGUGUAACAUUUGCUUCUGAGUAAACUAUUCCGUAUCUUGUUAGUUUUACUUGCAUGCCUGUGAUAUGACCUUUUCCUUCUCUGGCUCCAGAACAGCAGUUUGUGCAAACAUUUCCAAAGCUUGUCUUCAAGUCAGUGGUGGGCUCCCUGCAUGCAAAUCAACUGUGGAAUUUAUGGAACAUCUCAGGUUUCUUGGCCCAUCAUGCGAAGCUGGUAUAUCUCCUUGGGUCUUAGGUGGUGGUUGGCCAAGGUUAUAAGCCACUGAGUUAGCAUAUAUUUGGUGAGAAAAAUUGACAUGGCUUCAUUUAUAAAGGCACCAAAUUGAAUCCUGCCUUCUUGAGGCAAGAAAAUACUUAACCUCCUUCAGCCUUCCAGUCUUCCUCCAGAUUACUCCUCACCCUAUAAAGAGUUGCUUAGAUUUGGCACCUCUAUGAUAGGGAACCUGGAAGUGGAGUCUUAAAUUUGGGUGAUUGUUAAAUAUAUGCCGACUUCUCGGGUGCACAGCUUUUCAGUGGAUAUGAGUUGGGGUACACAUCACUAGUAGGAAGUGAUGGGUUCCUGUAGUAUGGGAAGGUCAGCAUGAGACAUGCAUCCGAAGAUCACCUGGUUCAGAAACAAAGAAUAAAACUUGAGAUGGUUCUUGGCAAGUCAAGUUGAGACAGUUGUUGCUUUUUAGCCCCACAAAUUAAACUAAUGUUAACUUUUUAAAUCAUGAAAGCCUCUAAUAUACAAAAAAAAAAAAUUGUAGGUUCACUGUCCUUAAAGGCUUUUAUAAAUGAAUAGAAGUGUGUGUUGUAGGGGUUUAGCUUAAUUGAAACAUUUUCCAUGGAGACUAGGUUCUGUGGGAAGGUGUUCGGGUAGACUUGUUUCACUUACUCAGAGGUGAAGAUUUAAGUGCUGUUUUGCGUAGGGCAAAGAAACAUAAUCAGAUAAUGUGGUUUAUGUGACAAUUUUCUGGGGUUUUAAGGUUUUCUAAUUCCAUCCUCUAGCCAAGUAAAAGAUUUUGUAGCACCAGGUGAUUCUUACAUCUAGGCAAUUCUUAAAAGUAGGUGUUCUGUUUUUGUGUGUGUGUGUUUUAUGAAUUUUUAUGAAUUUCUUUGAGCCAAACUAAUGACAUGCUGGGAAACGAUCUCAAAUGCUCCCUUCUGUUUUUUGUUUUUAAGACUUAGAAUGUUUAGAGCAGUUUUAGGCUCAUAGCAAAAUUAAGAUAGGGAGAUUUUCCAUUUCCCCCACUUGCACACAUGCACAUCCCCCAAUCAGAGGAGUAUGUUUACAACUGAUGUUUGUGAUGUGUCACAAGCCUACCUUGACACAUCACUAUUAGCCAAAGUCCAUAGUUGACAUUAGGGUUCAUGCUUAGUAUUGUACAUUCUAUGGGCAUGGGCAAAUGUAUAGUAACAUGUACCCACCAUUAUAGUAUACAGAGUAUUUUCACUGCCCUAAAAAGUCACCUGUGGCCCUAGCUGGUUUGGCUCAGUGGAUAGAGCGUCAACCUGCGGACUGAAGGGUCUCAGGUUCGAUUCUGGUCAAGGGCACAUGCGCCGGUUUCGGGCUCGAUCCCGGUCCCCAGUAGGGGGCGUGCAGGAGGCAGCCAAUCGAUGCUUACUGAUGUUUCUAUCUCCCCUCCCUCUCUCAAAUCAAUAAAAAAAAAUUUUUUUAAAGUCACCUGUGCUGCACCUAUUCAUACCUCUCACUCCCUCCCCAGAGCCCCUGGCAACCACUGAUACUGUUACUAUCUAUAGUUUUGCCUUUUCCAUAAUGUCAUAUAGUUGGAAUCAUACAGCAUGUAACCCUUUCAGACUGGUUUCUUUCACUUAGUCAUAUGCACUUAAGAUUCUUCUGUCUUCUCAUGGCUUGAUAGCACAUUUCUUUUUGUGCUGAAAACAUUGGAAUAUUAUUGUCUGUCGUUUUUGGCAAUUAUUAAUAAAGCUGCUAGAAAUA